AUGGCAUCAUCCUUAAGGUUAACAGCUGCUUCAAUGCUGAGACCAUGUAGCCCUUCAUCAUCUACCUCACGAAGACUUGCUCUCUUUCAACUCGUCACCAGUGGUGGUGGUAUUGCUCUCCCACAAUCUAAGUUAUUUGGGGUAAAAGGAUCAGAGUUGUUAAAAGUACCAGAAGCUAUUGCUGCAGAAAAUGUAGCCCAACCAGAGAAAAAGUUGUUUGAUUGGGUUAAAAAUGACAACAGAAGAUUUCUACAUGUUGUGUACCGAGUUGGAGACUUGGAGAAGACUAUAAAGUUCUACACUGAAUGCCUUGGCAUGAAGCUACUGAGAAAACGUGAUAUACCUGAAGACAGAUAUUCUAACGCUUUUCUUGGAUAUGGGCCAGAAGAUUCUAAUUUUACAGUUGAACUUACCUACAAUUAUGGAGUGAAUAACUAUGAUAUUGGAAGUGGCUUUGGUCAUUUUGGUGUUGCUGUUGAAGAUAUUUACAAGAGAGUAGGUCUAAUAAAGGAAAAAGGAGGGAAGGUUACAAGGGAACCUGGGCCUGUUAAAGAUGGCAGUUCAGUAAUUGCUUUCAUUGAAGAUCCUGAUGGUUAUAAGUUUGAACUUUUGGGGAGAAGACCUACACCUGAACCUCUAUGCCAAGUGAUGCUUCGAGUAGGCGAUCUUGAUCGUGCCAUAGCCUUCUACGAAAAAGCUGUUGGAAUGAAACUUCUCCGCAAGAAGGACAAUCGUGAGCGCAAGUACACAGUAGCCUUUAUGGGCUAUGGUCCUGAAGACAAGAAUACUGUUCUAGAACUAACAUAUAACUAUGGCGUCACUGAUUAUGAGAAAGGAAAUGGUUAUGCUCAGAUUGCAAUAGGCACAAAUGAUGUAUAUAAGACUGCUGAAGCUAUCAAAUUAUGUGGGGGGAACAUUAUCCGAGAACCUGGGCCUUUGCCUGGUAUCAACACCAAGAUUGUAGCUUGCUUGGAUCCUGAUGGUUGGAAAUUGGCAUUUGUUGAUAAUGUUGAUUUUCUGAAGGAAUUAGAGUGA